AUGUGUAGUGGGAUAGGGACGCACGCCGAGGCCGCUCUUAAGCGACGGCGACACGGGUCGGGCGGGCGGAUGGUACCGCUUACGUGGGACCAAAGCAGCCAGAAAGCGACGAGGGUCGGGAGCACGGUAUUGGUUAUGGGAAGCUGCGGUGGGGAGGAAGGGGAGGGACGCAAAGAAAGCGGGAGUGCUGGCUGCCUCGCCUUCUUCCUCUUCUUAUGCCCAUCCGUGAUGGCGCCUUCUCCCGCUUUCCCUCUCGCUUUUCGGGUGUGCUGCUUCACCUCCCCCGCACGCGCAAGUAUAUGUACAUGUAUAUGCUCUUACCCACGUGUGUGCUGCUGCAGGUGCUGGUGCCCAUCGUCCCUUACUCGCCUUUUUCCACCGCUACUCUUCUCCCCCUCUGCCCUCUGUGUCUCUCGCUCUCUUCCCCACAGAACAUCCGUAGAGCUCGUUCCCCCCCCCGCCCCCGCAAAGAUGGCCAAGAAGCACCUCAAGCGCUUGUAUGCGCCCAAGGACUGGAUGCUGAGCAAGCUGACCGGCGUGUUCGCGCCGCGUCCGCGUCCGGGUCCACACAAGCUGCGCGAGUGCCUGCCGCUGCUGGUGAUCAUCCGCAACCGGCUGAAGUACGCGCUGAACGCGCGCGAGGGUGAGAUGAUCCUGCGCCAGGGCCUGGUGCACGUGGACAACCACCCGCGCCGCGACGGCAAGUACCCCGCCGGAUUCAUGGACGUGGUCGAGAUCCCGAAGACGGGCGACCGCUUCCGCCUGAUGUACGACGUCAAGGGCCGCUUCGCGUUGGUGAACCUGUCCGAGGCGGAGGCGCAGAUCAAGCUGAUGAAGGUGGUGAACCUGUACACGGCCACCGGCCGCGUGCCGGUCGCCGUGACGCACGACGGCCACCGCAUCCGCUACCCGGACCCGCACACCUCCAUUGGUGACACCAUCGUGUACAACGUCAAGGAGAAGAAGUGCGUGGACCUGAUCAAGAACCGCCAGGGCAAGGCCGUGAUCGUGACCGGCGGCGCCAACCGCGGCCGCAUCGGCGAGAUCGUGAAGGUGGAGUGCCACCCCGGCGCGUUCAACAUUGCGCACCUGAAGGACGCGUCCGGCGCGGAGUUCGCCACCCGUGCCGCGAACAUCUUCGUGAUCGGCAAGGACCUGAACAACCUGCAGGUGACGGUGCCGAAGCAGCAGGGUCUGCGCAUGAACGUGAUCCAGGAGCGCGAGGAGCGCCUGAUCGCGGCCGAGGCACGCAAGAACGCGCCGGCUCGCGGUGCCCGCAAGGCCCGCAAGUGA